GUAUGAGUGUAGCCAGAUCCUUUUCACUCUCUAUACUUGUUUCAAUUUGUGUUUCACCGGAUUCAUCAUCGAGACGAGGGACAGACGAACGACCUGCUAACUAACCAGCAGCAUCCUAGUUAUCCUAGCUAGUCGGUACAGCUCGGUAAGCUAGCUAGCUACUCAACCAGCAGCAUCCUAGUUACCAUAGCUACCACUACAUCAUCACCGGCUGUCUGCAUUUCUUGUGGACCGAUGGAGCUCCCCGGUUGUUUCUUCCACCUGUUAAAUCCCGGUGAGGCUUCUCCCUCUCUCGUUGACGGAUGCUGGCUACCUCUGUCCGGUUCUCCUCUCUUCACUAGAUGGACGGUAACUUUAGUGUUUAACCCCUCUGUGUCCAAGGACCAAACUUUUGAAUAUUAUUUUCAGGGCGCCUCAAUAGCAGGUAUUGAACCCCGGGUAAAUAAUCACUAGUCAGAACCUCAACCUCAGUAUACAUUCAUUAUAAAAAUCAUCUUAAUAUCUGAUAUUGUGAGUAAAUAACCUCGAGAGUGCGUCUUCCAGCCCUCCAAUAAAUCACAUCAUUCAAACCCUCCCGGUUAGUAAAUGUACCUCAACAUGCCCCCGGAGAAGGCAGAGUAACGACACCAGCCUUUUAGCGGGGCUGACAGACUGACUACAACGCUCGCGUCGCUAAAUGAAUUUCGUCAUUUUAAAUGACACACUGCUCGCGCGCGUUAACUAAUGUCUAGAAGUCAGUUAUAUUUGUGAAACUCUUCUUAUGUUUCCCCAUCUGAGCUCAGAGUAGAUGAGAGAUGUAAUGUUUGUCUCUGUUGUGUUGAAGUCCAAUCAAGCAGGAGAGACCAGCCUCCCCUGUUCCCAGCUGUGUGUCCAUGAAGAGUGACUGGUCUAUGGAACCUCCUAUAGAGUUUAGAGAGGGAGACUUUUCUACUGAACAAAGACCAAUCAAGCAGGAGAGACCAGCCUCCCCUGUUCCCAGCUGUGUGUCCAUGAAGAGUGACUGGUCUAUGGAUCGUCCUAUACACUUUAGAGAGGGAGACUUUUCUACUGAACAAAGAAACCAACAGGAGAGAUCAGAGUCAGAGAUUCUCAGUGGUCAGUCUUCCCAGAGUCAUCAAACAGACCUGGCCUCCAUAUUCAGUAUGCUUGAAGAUAAAAUUAUGACAUUUGUGAAGAACGAGCUGAAGAUGUUCAAGAGGAUUCUUAGUCCAGAAUUCCCAGAAGGCUUUGAGAGUCAGAAACAGGAUAAGGAAGUGGUGGAUGCUGAAGAUGAGCAGCAGGAGAGCAGUGCCAGAGAGGGGGCUCUGAAGAUCACACUGCACAUCCUGAGGAAAAUGAACCAGAAGGAGCUUGCUGACACACUGGAGAAAUAUUCAGAUGAUCCUGCUGUGAUUUGCCAACGUGAACUCAAAUCUAAUCUAAAGAAGAAGUUUCAAUGUGUAUUUGAGGGGAUCGCUAAACAAGGAAACCCAACACUUCUCAAUAAGAUCUACACAGAGCUCUACAUCACAGAGGGUGGAACAGGAGAGGUCAAUAAUGAACAUGAGCUGAGACAGAUUGAGACAACAACCAGGAAACAAGCAAGACCAGAGACUGCAAUCAAAUGUAACGACAUCUUCAAACCCUUAACUGGACAAGACAAACCUAUCAGAACUGUGCUGACAAAGGGAGUCGCUGGCAUUGGAAAAACAGUCUCUGUGCAGAAGUUCAUUCUGGACUGGGCUGAAGGAAAAGCAAAUCAGGAUGUCCAAUUUGUAUUUUCAAUCCCUUUUCGGGAGCUGAAUUUGAUGAAAGAGGACAAACACACUUUCAUUGAACUUCUUAAUCACUUCUCAAUGGAAACCAAACAAUCAGGAAUCUCCAACUACAACAAGUACAAAGUUCUGUUCAUCUUUGAUGGUCUGGAUGAGUGCCGACUGCCCCUAGACUUCCAGAAGAACAAGAUCUGUUGGGACGUCACAGAGUCAACCUCAGUGGAUGUUCUGCUGACAAAUCUCAUCAAGGGAAAUCUGCUCCCCUCUGCUCUCCUCUGGAUAACUACCCGACCUGCAGCAGCCAAUAAGAUCCCUUCAGGGUGUGUUGACCAGGUGACAGAGGUACGAGGGUUCAAUGACCCACAGAAGGAGGAGUACUUCAGGAAGAGAUUCAGUGAUGAGGACCUGGCCAGCAGAAUCAUCUCACACAUAAAGACAUCAAGGAGCCUCCACAUCAUGUGCCACAUUCCAGUCUUCUGUUGGAUUUCUGCAACAGUCCUUGAACACAUGCUGAAACAUAAGAGAGAAGAGAUGCCCAAGACUCUGACUGAGAUGUACACACACCUUGUGGUGUUUCAUACCAAACAGAAGAAUGAAAAGUAUCUUGGGAAAGAAGACACAGGUCCACACUGGAAUAAAGAGAGCAUUCUGUCACUGGGAAAACUGGCUUUUCAACAGCUUGUGAAUGGCAAUCUGAUUUUCUAUGAAGAAGACCUGAAAGAGGCUGGCAUUGAUGUCAAUGAAGCCUCAGUGUACUCGGGAUUGUGCACACAGCUCUUUAAAGAGGAAUGUGUGCUGUACCAGGACAAGGUGUACUGCUUUGUUCAUCUGAGCAUUCAGGAGUUUCUGGCUGCUGUAUAUGUGUUCCUCUCAUUCAUCAACAACAAUGAGAAUCUAAUGGACAAACUGCAAACAAACGACGAGCCUGAAGUUACUUUCUACAAGAGUGCUGUGGAUAAAGCCUUACAAAGUGAGACAGGAAACCUGGACCUUUUCCUCCGCUUCCUACUGGGCCUCUCACUGGAGUCCAAUCAGAAGCACUUACGAGGUUUACUGACAAAGACAAGAAGCAGCUCACAGAGCCAUGAAGACACAGUCGAGUACAUCAAGGAGAAGAUCAGGGAGGAUCCCUCUCCAGAGAGGAGCAUCAAUCUGUUCCACUGUCUGAAUGAACUGAAUGACCAUUCUCUAGUGGAGGAGAUUCAAAGCUACCUGAGCUCAGGAAGUCUCUCAAAACACAACCUGUCACCUGCACAGUGGUCAGCUCUGGUCUUUGUGUUGCUGACUUCAGAAAAGGAGCUGGAUGUGUUUGACCUGAAGAAAUACUCCAGAUCAGAGGAAGGUCUUCUGAGGCUGCUGCCAGUGGUCAAAGCCUCCAGAGCUGCUCUGCUGUCAGGCUGUGGAGUCACAGAGGAAGGCUGUGCUUCUCUGGUCUCAGCUCUGAGGUCAAACCCCUCACACCUGAGAGAGCUGGACCUGAGUAACAAUGACCUGAAGGAUUCAGGAGUGAAGCUGCUCUCUGCUGGACUGGGGAAUCCCCACUGUAAACUGGAGACUCUGAGGCUGUCAGGCUGUCUAGUCACAGAGGAAGGCUGUGCUUCUCUGCUCUCAGCUCUGAGGUCAAACCCCUCACACCUGAGAGAGCUGGACCUGAGCUACAAUCACCCAGGAGACUCAGGAGUCAGACUGCUCUCUGCUAGACUGGAGGAUCCACACUGCAGACUGGAGAAACUCAAUGUGGAACAUGGUGGAGAGAACAGAAUGAAACCUGGACUUAGAAAAUAUGUCUGUGAUCUCACACUGGACCUAAACACAGUAAACCGAUGCCUCUCUCUGGCUGAGGAGAACAGAAAGGUGACAUGGAGGAGAGAGGAGCAGCCGUAUCCUGAUCUCCCAGAGAGAUUUGAGUACUAUGAACAGGUGCUGUGUAGAGAGGGUCUGACUGGGCGCUGUUACUGGGAGGUAGAGUGGAGUGGGGGAGGGGCUGAUAUAGGAGUGACAUAUAAAGGAAUCAACAGGAGAGGAAGGGGUGAUGACUGCUGUUUUGGAUUCAAUGACAAGUCCUGGAGUCUGAUCUGCUCUGACAUCAGUUACACUGCCUGUCACAAUAGUAAUCCCACUACCAUAGACGUCCUCUCCUCCAGUUCCCACAGAGUAGGAGUGUAUCUGGACUGGCCAGCCGGCACUCUGUCCUUCUAUAGAGCCUCCUCUGACACACUGACCCACCUGAUCACAUUCACCUCCACAUUCACUGAGCCCCUCUAUCCAGGGUUUAGGGUUUAUCAUGAAGAGUCCUCAGUGUCCCUGAAAUUAUAACCGUGGUAACACAAAUAAUAACCUGGCACACACGCUGGAC